AUGGAUCAAAAAAAUUUAUUGUUAUCAAAUAGUAAUACUGUUGAUGGACUUUUAUCACAAGAUUAUAUUGUUGGUGUAAUUUAUGAUAAAGUCAAAGAUGUAUAUUUAAUGAUCAAUUAUCGACAACGUGGUGGCCUGUGGUUUCCAUUUAGUGAACGCCGUUUUAAUGAAACAUCAUUCCAAACAAUUAAACGAUUAAUUGAUCCAAUUAUUAUUCAUGAUUCUGAACAAAUACAACUUGUUAAAAUUUGUUCAACCAAAACACUUCCAUUUAAAAGUCAUGAUGUUCUUUUUUAUACUAUUAUACCUAAAUCAAGUACUAUAAUGAAUAUUUGGUUAAAUGGAAAAAUUGAUGGGAUUGAUUUUGAACGACAAUUAAAUACUUUACAAGAUAAUGCUAUUGUUUGGUUAACAACAAUUCAAUUAAAACAUAUAAGUAAAUUAUCACGAUUAUUAGGUAUGGAACCAUUAUCAUUAAAUAAACAAUUUAAAGACAUAUUUCAUUCAACAAUAAAAUCAAAUAAUAUAAAUACUGCUGUUAUAUUUGAAGAAGUUAAAAUUCCACGAAUUGAAUCAACAUCAAAAACUUCUCAUAGUAAUGCUGCUGAAACAUUACUUAUGUCAGCUAAAUUUACAUCAACUAUUCAAGAAAAACUCUAUGAAGAAUAUCAUAAUGCUGUAUUACCGUCUGAUUAUCUUAAUUUAGAAACAUUUAAACAAUUAAUUUUACGUAAAGGUUUAGAUUCUCAACAUAUCAGCGAUUAUUUUCGUGCGUUUGAUUCAACACAACGUAAUUAUUUAACAUAUCUCGAUUAUUUACUUGGAUUAGCUGCACUUGAUCCAAAUACACAACAUGGUGGUGUACCAGCUGAACAGCGUUGUCGUUAUAUAUUUCGUUAUUAUAAUAUAAAUAAUAAUCAACGUAUGACAUUUGAUGAAUUUAAAUUAAUGAUUAAAGAUAUACAUAAAAAUAAAGGAGAAAAUUUAUCAAAUGAUACAUUAAAUGAUGAAGCUUUAGAAAUGUUUCGUUCGUUUGGGUUACGAUCAUUGGAUCAAACAUUAAGUUUAAUGGAUUUUUUAUCCGGUGUUGGUCAACUAAGAUUUCGUGGUACAUCGGUUCUUUUUCGAUUAAAUAUGCCAAUAAGUGAGCUUUUUCAAAGAUCAUUAUUAUCAGUAACACCUAAUACAUCAGUGAUACCAUCUUCAACUUCAAACAUAAUAACAUCAAAUCGAACAUUAAGUACAAAGUCAAUGACACGACGAUCUGGCACACAACAACAAAUAUCAAAUAUAGCUAGUGAUGAGUCUCAUCCAUAUGAAAUUGCUACACAUAUUAUUAAAGUAAAAAAGACGGGUGUUGUUGUUAAUAUAACAUCAUUAUAUGAUUUGGACGUAGCAGGAGCUAUUAGUGGUAGUACAGCUUUAUUUUUUGAUGAUGAUAAUGGAAAAUUUGAUCGAAUAAAUAGUCAAAAUUGUUUUAAUCAACGUACACAUGCAAAUGAAAUGCUUCAUGGGUUACGUUAUUUUGAACGUGGAGCUAAAGAAGGUGGACCUGUUUUGAAAGAUCCUUUUUCAUGGGGAAAAGUCGAUAUGGCAGGAAUGGCUCGUUGUCUAUUAGUUUUAUGCAAACAAGUUUAUUCAAUUUUUAUCAAAGAAGAUCGAUUAUUACAUCUUUCAUCCGCUUGUUAUAUUCUGGGUGAUUUACAUGGAAACUUUCGUGAUUUACUUUGUUUUGAAAAAACAUUUUGGAGACUUGGACCUGUACUUACACCAGCAUCUCUACUUUUCUUAGGUGAUUAUGUUGAUCGAGGACAAGAAGGUAUUGAAGUUGUUGCUUAUCUUUUUGCUCAAAAAGUUCUUUGUCCACAUAAAGUUUAUCUUUUACGUGGUAAUCAUGAAUUACGUAAUGUUCAAGAUAUGUUUCAAUUUCAUGGUGAAUGUCGUCGAAAGUUCGGUAUAGAUCUUGGUGAACAAGUGUGGGAAGAAAUAAAUCGAUGUUUUGAUGCAAUGCCUAUAUGUGCUCUUGUUGAUAAUCGUAUUUUGUGUGUUCAUGGUGGUAUACCAUCAUUAGAUAUAAAAAGUGAUUUUUUUAAAUUAGUUUCGCAAAUUCCAUGUCCAUUACGUGAUCCUGAAAAUGAAUCACCACUUGCUUGGGAACUUUUAUGGAACGAUCCAUUAUCAAAUGAAAUGCGUGAUUUAGAUAAUACAAAUAAUGAUUUUAUUUUAAAUGUUCGUCGAGGAACAGGAUAUUUCUUUUCAUCAAAAGCUUUAAACGAUUUUCUUUAUCAGAAUUCAUUAUCUUAUGUGGUACGUGCACAUGAAGUUCAACAGCAAGGUUUUAAAGUUCAACUUAAUGGUCGAUUAUUAACAGUCUUUUCAUCUAGUCAUUAUUGUGGUGGUGAAAAUGAAGCUGCGACAGUUCUAUGUGAUUCAAAUAAACUUCGCCUCAUUCGAUUAGAUACAAGCAGUUAA